UAUCGGACGAGCAAGACCAUCGAUUUCUAAGUCGUUUCACUAGUCUUCACAGCUAUCGGUAGCUUAUAAGGUACCUCUUCGCUCCCAUUUAAAGGCUGUUCUGACGCUCUCUCCAUCUUGUUCCAGAUCCACCAUUACCGCACUCUCUCGUCGAUUCAUCAUGGGUGUCCUCGAUAUCGUUCCCGCUGGUGUCCUAACUGGAGAUAACGUUCGCAAAUUGUUUGACUAUGCAAAGGAACACAAGUUUGCCAUCCCCGUGAGUAAUGUCACUUCCUCAUCCACCGCUAACGCCGUCUUGGAAGCCGCAAGAGACAUCAAGGCUCCGAUCAUCCUGCAAGUCUCUCAGGGUGGAAGUGCCUACUACGCCGGCAAAGGUCUUGCAAAUGGCGACCAGCAAGCUUCUAUUCUGGGAGCUGUUGCUGCUGCCCACCAUAUUCGCACAGUUGCGAAGGCCUACGGCGUGCCCGUCGUUCUUCACAGCGACCACUGUGCCCACAAGCUCCUGCCAUGGUUCGAUGGCAUGCUUGCUGCCGAUGAGGCCUAUUUCAAGGAGCACCAAGAGCCCCUUUUCUCUUCACACAUGCUUGACCUGUCUGAGGAGUCAAAAGAGGAGAACAUUGCAACUUGCGUGAAGUACUUCAAGCGCAUGGCACCUAUCGGUAUCUGGUUAGAGAUGGAAAUUGGUAUUACCGGUGGUGAAGAGGACGGUGUUGACAACACUGGUGUCGACAACGCGUCCCUCUACACCCAACCCGAGGACAUAUACGAUGUCCACGCUGCUUUGAGUGCUAUUAGCCCCAACUUCAGCAUUGCCGCUGCGUUCGGUAACGUGCACGGCGUCUACAAGCCUGGAAACGUCAAACUCCAGCCUGAAUUGCUUGGAAAGCACCAAGCUUACAGCAGCCAAAAGCUCGGCGGCAAGUCCGAGAAGCCUCUCUACCUCGUGUUCCACGGUGGUUCUGGGUCAACCAAGGAAGAGAUCAGGACUGCAGUCGGGAAUGGCGUCGUCAAAAUGAACGUUGAUACUGACACCCAGUUUGCUUACCUCGCUGGUAUCAGGGACUUCGUUUUCAAGAAAAAAGAUUACCUACUCACUCAAGUUGGUAACCCUGAAGGCGCAGACAAACCCAACAAGAAGUUUUAUGACCCCCGUGUCUGGGUUCGUGAGGGUGAGAAAACGCUCACGGCGCGGGUCAAGGAGGCUUGCAGUGACCUCGGCAACACUAACCGCCUGUAGAGAAAGCGCCUGUAAAUGCAUGUAUAGCUUAGAAAUAAGGUUUGAAGAUAUAUUACCAGUCCUGUACUUCUGCAAAUGGCCUGACAGUGAAAAAUUAUGACGCCCGAAAGCAACCUAAGUUGGUAUAAUUUACGUUGAGCAGUGGUCCAUAGACGUGCUUGGGAUGUCUAGAUAUAUCUGCAGCUG